AGACUGACCGCUGGGUGUCUCCCUCAAACACUCACAGCUUCAGCGUCUGUCGGGUCUCAACGGGUUCUUCAUAAUCAGCAGAAGUCAGACUGGAACUCUCCACCAUCUGCAGCGCCUCCAGCACAUGUAGAACCUGCACAGCUUCUAGCAGCUGUUUGGACUCUUUAACGCGCUUUUUAACGGGAUUCGCUUUCGAUGCCGGAGUUUGAGGAUUUGAGCCGCUGAGGAAGCAGAAGAACCACCAGGACCACCAGGACCAUGGCUUCGGACCCGGACAGGAGCAGACCAGGUGUGAAGCAGCUGCUGGAGAAAGCUGGGAAUGGAAACUGUGCGGACUGCGGAGCUGCAGACCCGGAGUGGGCGUCCUACACGCUGGGUGUGUUCGUGUGUCACAGCUGCUCCGGCCUUCAUAGAAACAUCGCUCAGAUCAGUAAGGUCAAGUCUCUGCUGCUGGAUCCCUGGAGCUGCUCGGAGCUGGAGUUUAUGGACUCGGUGGGAAACGACGCUGCUAAAGCCAGAUAUGAGCAGCUGGUUCCCGCAUUCUACUGCCGACCUUCACCCUCAGACUGCAUGCUGCUGAGGGAUCAGUGGAUCCGAGCCAAAUACGAGAGGAAGGAGUUCAUGUAUGUGGAGAGGCAGGAGCCGUACUCAGCAGGAUACAGAGAAGGGUUUCUAUGGAAACGAGGCCGAGAUAACGGACAGUACCUGAACCGGAAGUUCAUCCUGUCGGAGCGUGAAGGUGUUCUGAAGUACUUCAACAAAAACGACGCCAGAGAACCCAAAGCCAUCAUGAAGAUCAGCAGUUUGAACGCUACCUUCCAGCCCAGUAAGAUGGGAACGGCUCACGGCCUGCAGAUCACCUACCUGAAGGACAACAGCACCAGGAACAUCUUCGUCUACCAUGAGGACGGGAAGGAAAUGGUGGAUUGGUUCAACGCCAUCAGAGCCGCCAGGUUCCACUUCCUGCAGGUAGCGUUCCCUGGAGCUCCGGAGUCCGAGUUGUUGCCGAAGCUGACCAGGAACUACAUAAGAGGUUACAUGGAGAAGACGGGCCCAAAGCAAACCGAAGGCUUCAGGAAGAGAUGGUUCACCAUGGACGACCGCAGGCUGCUGUACUUCAAAGACCCGCUGGACGCUUACGCUCGAGGUGAGGUGUUCAUCGGCAGUCAGGGAAAACAGAACUCGGUUCUCGCCGGUCUGCCUCCCAACACGCAGGGCUCCCUGCCGUUUGGAAUCACCAUAGCGACCCCAGACAGGAAGUUUGUGUUGGCGUGUGAGACGGAGGAGGACCAGAGAGGCUGGAUGUCGGCGUUCCAGACCGUCAUCAGCAGACCCAUUGCUGCCUCAGACUUCGCAGUCGAGGCGUAUUUUAAAACACAACCCUGA